UUCCGGGGCCACGCGUCAACGUUCUCGCUUCCCGGUAACUAAGGCGAUGAGAGGGACUUCCCACUGAAGCGAGCGGACGUCUUAUUGGAGUAGGGCGAGCUCCUGAGGCGCGCUGGCUGUGGCUAGGAAACAGUUCCCUAGGCGCCGGUAUUUCGUGAAGCAGAAAGGUUUAGAGGUGAACGUGGAGAAACCUGUAUUCUGAGUAAUUGUGAUUUUUAAGAACCAACCACGUCUGUCUUGCCCUGUUCCAAGAUGGCGGCGCAGCCUUUCUAAGUGUCUUGCUUCCGCUCGCCCGCCGGGGAGGCGCUCUUUGAUUGGCCAGCGGACGGCGCCGUGGCGUGACGCACAGGACGCUAACCAAUCGGCUUAGGGCUGAGUUGGACUUGGCGGUGGGAACUGGAGCCCGGCUCUUGCAGCGGUGGGUGCGUACGGCUGCGGCCAGGUGAGCGGUUCCGGCCAGACAAUGGCAACAUACCUGGAAUUCAUUCAGCAGAAUGAAGAACGCGAUGGCGUGCGUUUUAGUUGGAAUGUGUGGCCUUCCAGCCGUCUCGAGGCUACAAGAAUGGUUGUUCCCCUGGCUUGUAUCCUUACUCCUUUGAAAGAACGUCCAGACCUGCCCCCUGUACAGUAUGAACCAGUGCUUUGCAGCAGGCCAACUUGCAAAGCCAUUCUCAAUCCACUUUGUCAGGUUGAUUAUCGAGCAAAGCUUUGGGCUUGUAAUUUCUGUUUCCAAAGAAAUCAGUUUCCUCCGGCUUAUGCAGGCAUAUCUGAGGUGAAUCAGCCUGCUGAAUUGAUGCCCCAGUUUUCUACAGUUGAGUACGUGAUACAGCGAGGUGCUCAGUCCCCUCUGAUCUUUCUCUACGUGGUGGACACGUGCCUGGAAGAAGAUGACCUCCAGGCACUCAAGGAAUCCCUGCAGAUGUCCCUGAGUCUCCUUCCUCCAGAUGCGCUGGUGGGCUUGAUCACGUUUGGGAGGAUGGUGCAGGUCCAUGAACUCAGCUGUGAGGGGAUUUCCAAGAGUUAUGUCUUCCGGGGGACGAAGGAUUUAACUGCAAAGCAGAUACAGGACAUGCUGGGCCUGACCAAGCCUGCCGUGCCCGUGCACCCAGCGCGCCCGGCACAGCCACAGGAGCACCCUUCCAUUUCCAGCAGAUUUCUGCAGCCCAUUCACAAGAUCGACAUGAACCUCACUGAUCUUCUUGGGGAGCUGCAGAGGGACCCAUGGCCCGUACCUCAGGGGAAGAGACCGUUGCGAUCCACUGGUGUUGCUUUGUCCAUUGCUGUUGGCUUGUUGGAGGGCACUUUUCCAAACACGGGAGCCAGGAUUAUGCUGUUUAUUGGGGGUCCCCCUACCCAAGGACCUGGCAUGGUGGUUGGAGAUGAGCUAAAGGUUCCUAUUCGUUCCUGGCACGAUAUUGAGAAAGAUAACGCCCGCUUCAUGAAAAAGGCAACCAAGCACUAUGAGAUGCUUGCUAACCGAGCUGCUGCAAACGGUCACUGCGUUGAUAUUUACGCUUGUGCCCUUGAUCAGACUGGACUUCUGGAGAUGAAGUGCUGCACAAACCUUACUGGAGGCCACAUGGUGAUGGGAGAUUCUUUCAACACUUCUCUCUUCAAGCAGACAUUCCAAAGAAUUUUUAGUAAAGAUUUUAAUGGCAAUUUCCGAAUGGCAUUUGGUGCUACAUUGGAAGUAAAGACCUCGCGGGAACUGAAGGUUGCUGGAGCCAUAGGCCCUUGUGUGUCUCUGAACGUGAAAGGACCGUGUGUGUCAGAAAACGAGCUUGGUGUUGGUGGCACGAGUCAGUGGAAAAUCUGUGGCCUGGAUCCCACGUCUACGCUCGGCAUCUACUUUGAAGUAGUCAAUCAGCACAACGCCCCGAUCCCGCAGGGGGGCCGCGGCGCCAUCCAGUUCGUCACGCACUAUCAGCACUCCAGCACCCAGCGGCGCAUCCGCGUGACUACCAUCGCCCGCAAUUGGGCAGAUGCACAGAGUCAGCUCAAACACAUCGAAGCAGCAUUUGACCAGGAGGCUGCAGCGGUCCUGAUGGCGCGGCUGGGAGUGUUCCGAGCGGAGUCGGAGGAGGGGCCGGAUGUGCUCCGGUGGCUGGACCGACAGCUCAUCCGACUGUGUCAGAAGUUUGGACAAUAUACCAAAGAAGACCCCGCAUCUUUUAGGUUAUCAGAUUCCUUCUCUCUAUAUCCUCAGUUCAUGUUCCAUCUGAGGAGGUCUCCGUUUCUUCAAGUCUUCAACAACAGCCCUGAUGAGUCGUCGUAUUAUCGACACCAAUUUGCCCGACAGGACCUAACCCAGUCCCUCAUCAUGAUCCAGCCCAUCCUCUACUCCUAUUCCUUCCACGGGCCGCCAGAGCCUGUGCUCUUGGACAGUAGCAGCAUUCUAGCUGACAGAAUUUUGCUGAUGGACACAUUCUUCCAAAUUGUCAUUUAUCUUGGUGAGACCAUAGCCCAGUGGCAGAAAGCGGGCUACCAGGACAUGCCUGAGUACGAAAACUUCAAGCACCUUCUGCAGGCACCCCUGGACGAUGCUCAGGAGAUCCUGCACACGCGCUUCCCCAUGCCGCGGUACAUCAACACGGAGCACGGAGGCAGCCAGGCUCGCUUCCUUUUGUCCAAAGUGAAUCCAUCUCAGACACACAAUAACCUGUAUGCUUGGGGACAGGAAACAGGAGCGCCCAUCCUGACUGAUGACGUUAGCCUGCAGGUGUUCAUGGACCAUUUGAAGAAACUGGCUGUCUCCAGUGCCUGCUGAGCUGAGGACAUGAGAAGGAAAUGGAAGAAAACACGGUCACACUGUGCUCACAGUUGUUUGUAAAGGCUUAACGUUCCUUUUACUUUUCUGCUGCAUUUUAAUAAAUAAUCAAAAGAAGUGUUAUGUAACUCUUUAGAUUUUAAUUUGCUUGUAUUCCUUAUCUGUGCCCUUUUCUUUACACCAUAAAAUUAUAAGGUCAUAAACGUUUUGGUACCGGUAGAUGUUUAUAUGCUUUUUGUAUUCUAACUUUUAGAGUCUGUAUAAAAUCAGAACUAAUGUAUUUUGGCAGCUUGCUUACAUGAAAAUCAUAAUGAUCAGAAAGGAAAUAAAUCUGGAUGAAGAAGCACUGGUUAAAAUAAUGCUAAUACAAAUUUGAUUUCUGAGGUCUCUGUGUGUUUUAAGUAAAUUCCCCAAGAGGUAAUUCCUGAACUUAAUCUUCAUUUACUGUCAAGGAUAUUGUUAACAUUAACAGACAAAGAAAAGUAAGAAAUAUGUGAAACUUUAUUGAGGCAGAGUGGUCUGGAGUGGCACUGUUCCUACCUCACCUGAGCUACAGAGAACAGAUUGCUGGUCACCAGAGGGGAAGGGGUGGGGGAGGGUGAAAUGGGUGAAGGGGGUCAACUGUAUGGUGCUGGAUGGUGGUGAGCACACUGUAGUGCCUACAGAAGUUGAAUUAUAAUGUACACAUGAAACAUAUAAUGUUAUAAACCAAUGUUACCUCAAUUUAAAAAAAUUACAGCUUAUUCUACUCAGUGGAGUUCAUCCUUGUUUAGAGGUUAUAUCCCCUUUUAACAUGGGCCAAUUGCUAGGACAGCUGUCAUCCAGGAAUUUCUUUUGUUUGGACUCCUAGGUUAGUUGCAGUUUUCCUUUUAUCUCAUAAGUCAUUUUGCUGCCUUAAGUGACUGUUCCUAAAAAGAGCAUACAAGAGAUAAUUCACAGAGCCUGUUCUGCCUUCAUACCUGACAGCUUUACUGAGUAUAAACUCUAGGCCCAAAAUAAUUUUAUCUCAAAACUUUGGAGGCAUUUUUUCAAUCAUUCAGCAAAUAAUUAUUCAGUAUUUGCUAUGUUUGGAGUAGUCUUCUAGGGCCUGGGAAUGUAACCAAUAAAACAAUUCCUAUUCUCACAGAGCUUAUAUUCUGGGUAGGGAAGACCAACAUUAAAAAAUUAGAAGUAAAUUAUAUAAUUUUUUAAGAAGCUAAUGAGUGCUAUGUAGAAAAGUAAAACUGGGAACUCCUAUUAAUUGGCUGUCGGACCAUCUGGAUUGAUUCCAAUGCUCUAUCUUUUGAAUUUUUACUUACUUCCAUCUUAACCUCUGCUCAAAAUUCUGGGUGGGUUUCCUAUCUUAAAAUGUUUAACAAUUACAUUUUAAAUGCCUAAGGCUUUUAUUUACUGUACCUUUUCCAUAGAAUAUUUUUCUUAUAUUUGGGAUAUAAUUUUGAAUUGAGGUAGAUCAUAUAGAAGAGUACAUAAGCCUGUGUAUCCAGUUUAGGGUUGAAACUUCCUCCUUGGGCCUGUUUCCAAUUGACAGGAGGAAUGUGAUAGACCCAGCUGGCUCUGGUGUCUCUCCAGUGACAAUGAGUGAAGGUGCCGAGGGGCACCCUGAGCCAUGCAGGUCCCACCUGUGGGUGCUAGUGGCUAUUUCCAAAGAACGUGGAGGUGGGUGUUAGUGUUCUUUGGAGAGCAGCCAUCUCGAGAGGGAGACACUGAGCCAGUGUGCCUAGUAACUAUAAACUCCAUCUUGAAAGCAAGGAAACUCCUGAAAUGAUCAAUUAGGAGAGUGGCAGCCCGGAUGGAAGGAGGCUGGAAUCCAGCCGAGGCCUCAAUAGAGGCAGCUUUUAGACACAGGUGACAGAUGAGGUGUUAGGUGAGAGGGUGAGUCAGGAAAGGUUUCUUUCCUUUUGGGGGCUGGGGCGCAGUAGGGGUAGGGAUAAAUUCAAUCCUGGCCACUGUUUGAGUUUCAGGAGCUUGUGGGGUAGAACUGAAAAUGCCCUGUAGGUUGGCAGUAAUUAGUAUGUAUUUAUCUUUCAGGAGAAUGUGGCGUAUAUUUGAGAGUCAUAAACGUAUAAAGUAAAUAACAUGAGUAAAGUUGCUCAGUAUGAGAAGAGAAGCAAGCUUGGAACAGAAUACUGAUUUUCCUGUUUUGUUUUUAACGACCUUAUUGGGGUAUAAUUUAUAUACGAUAAACUGCACCCAUUUAAAGUGUACGGUUCAAUGAGUUUCAGAUAUGCACACCCACGAAAGCACCACCAUCACAUCACCAUCAAGACACAACAUUUCCACUGCCCCCAAAGUUUCUUCAGGCCCCUUUUAGUCCUUCCGUUUCUGCACACCCUGGUCGGAGGCAACUACUUGUCAGCUUUCUCCCACUAUAGAUGAAUUUGCUUCCAGAAUUUUAUGUCUGGUUUCUUUUGUGCCUGGUUUCUUUCACUUAGCAUUACCCAUCUGAGAUUUAUCCAUGCAAUUGCGUGGAUCAGUACAGUAGUUCCUUUUAUUAUGGAGUGAUAGACUCACAUUUCCUUUAUUCAUCCACUAGUUGAUAGACAUUUGGGUUGUUUCCAUUUGGGGGCUCUUAUGAAUAAAGCUCUGUGAACACCCACAUACAUACGUUUGUGUGGACAUAAUGUUUUCAUUUCCUUUGGGUGAAUAGGAACCGAACGUCUGAUUCAUACAGUAGGGGUACUUCAAUUUUUAAGAAACUGCCAGUAUCACAAAGAGGUUGUGAUAUUUUAUGUUCCCACCAGUAAGAGGUCUGAUUGCUCCAAGUCCGUACAACCCUUGGUAUUCUCAACAUAAUUUUUAGUCAUUCUAAUAGGUGUCUCGUGGUUUUAAUUUGCAUUGCUGUGAUGACUAACAAUGCCCCUGUACUUAUUGGCCAUUUGUAUAUCUUUAGUUAAGUGAUUGUUGCCUGUUUUUCAGUUCGGUUGUCUUUUUAUAAUUGAAUUGUAAGAUAUCCUUAUAAAUUCUGAUACAAGUCCUUUGUCAGAUCUACCUACUUUGAAUAUUUUAUCUUGUGGCUUGUUUCAUUUUCUUAACUGCCUUUCGAAGAGCAAAAGAUUUAAUUUUGAAAAAGUCCAAUUUACCAAUACUUGUUUGUGGUUUAUGCUUUUUGUAUUCUAAGAAAUCUUUGCCUAUCCCAAGAUGGCAAAGAUCGCCUUUUUAAAAAAUUUUUAUUUUAUAUUGGAUGUAGUUGAUUUCCAAUCGUUGUGUUAGAUCUUUGCUUCUCAGUUUGUAGUUUUAGCUUUUAUAUUUAAGCCUAUCAUCCAUUUAGCGUUAAUUUUUGUGUGUGGCAAAACACCAAUUUUUAGAGGGUGGGAGAAAUGGGAAGAGCCCUGAAGGAUAAAUAGAUUCUGAAGAAAAUUAUGUUUUCGAAGCUAUGAAAGGAGCAGGUGGAGUCGUAUGCGCUGGAAAUCGUCUGAUUAUGGCUGCAAAGUAGUUACUGGCUAUGGAAGUUUACUGAGUAUCCACUCUGUGCCCAACACAUCCCUUUUGCUCUCAAGUUGUUUGGUUUCUUGAGUGGGGGUAGAUUAUGCUUCGAGGAAAUGUACGGAUAAGAGAAAAGCUUAUGGUGGAUCGAGUGGAGACUUUUUGUUUUUGAGGCGCGGGCUCGUUUGUAUGAUGGAGUAAAGAACAACAGAAUGAAAAGGGCGUGAGAUGGAGGUGGACAGAGUGUAGUUGCUGGGCCAGGGCCCUGAAAGGCAGAGAAGAAUGGGACCCACAGCCUAGUGGAGGGGCUAAUUCAGACGUGGAGGGACCCACGCGCACCAGACAGGGCUCCAGGCAGGAAGAUGGGGAAGAUGAGUUGCGGGUCGUAGACGGGGUAUCCUCGCAAACCUGAGAGCUGGAGGAGGGAAGGAAUUAAGUUUAACAAGGGCCACCUAAAGCCUAUGUAAGGCAGGACUUUGCAAGUGGGAGGUUUGCCUGAGAGUGUCAUUGGGGCCCGUCACGUGGGAGGCAAGAUCGUCUCCGGACCCCGGGCGCCAGACCCGAGUGCGUUGCCCAGCGCGACGUCCGGACUACACGCUCCAGGAUGCAUCGGGGCCGGCGCAGGAAGCGGCCAGCCCGGAGCGGCUCCCCAUUGGAGGCGGCGGCGGUGACGCGCCCACCGGAAGGCCCGCCUCCGCCCUGGGACUCCGAGGAGUGAGGUAUUCCCGGCGGCGUCAUGCGUCCGGAAAAGGCCCUGUCUUGGUACCGGCGCAUGUCUAUGCUGUACGGACUGGGCGCCUGGACCCUGCUGGGCUCCUUGUUUUUGUAUAAUCAGAGAAAGAGCAAGCCUCCAGGUGGUGAAGUAGAACAAAAGGAUGUCUCAACAAAUGAACUGUCUGAACCCCCGAAAGGGUUUUAUGUGGAAACGGUUGUCACAUAUAGAGACAAUUUUGUUCCAAUUACUGCCAGGAUCGUCAACUAUUUGAAAUCAUGGACUGGUGGCCCUGGACCAAAAUCAUGAUGGACGGCUGAAUUCUGAAAACAGGACUUUGGUUCAGCAUAUAAAUUUGAGAGAUACUGUGAUUUCCACUUUCUCUUUGUGAAAAGUGUAUACAUUUAAUUUUGUUGUAAAAUAGAAUCCCUAAUAAUAUGCAAUAAAUAUUUCCUUGAAGAAAAGUAAA